ACUUCAUUCUCCGACGCCCAUUCCUCUGUUUUCUCUUCCAUCUACACGUCGCGUCUCUGAUCACUGUUUGCACAUCGUCGCUACAUACCAAAUCAUCUUUGAAAGCACUCUGCGCGUCAACCUCCUCACUACCUUGCUUCUGCGACGCCAAAAGCUCUUUCGCGAAGCAUAACGUCAUCCCAUACCACCUGCGAUUGCAAACCCACGUUACACACAAUGACUGACACUGAAAUUCAACAAGGAGACAAAGUCUCAUGGAACUGGGGUUCAGGACAGCCCAGCGGCACCGUUGCCGAGGUCAAGGAGCAGGGCGAGCUUGCCAUUGAAUCCAACAAGGGCAACACGAUCAAGAAGAAUGCUGACCCUGAAAACCCUGCGGUUCACGUUGAGAGGUCAGGCAACGAUGUCGUGAAGCGUGCCUCCGAACUUCAGAUCAAUGAAAAGGCCGAUGGCGCCAACGGCGACUCCAAGCAGGAGGACAAGAAGGACGACGCCGAGAAGUCGGAAGAGAAGCCGGCUGAAUCAGACAAGAAGGAAGAUGACAAGCCGGCUGAAUCCGAAAAGAAGGAUGAGGAGAUGAAAGACGCACCUGACAGUGAGGAGAAGAAGGAAGAGGCUCACACUAACGGCGAAUCCACAAAGGAGGAGUCCGACGAGACAAAAGAAGACGCCAAGGACGAUGCAUCAAAGGAGAAAUCCGAUGAAAAGUCUGACGAAAAGUCAGAGGCUGACAAGGAAGAUGACCCAAAGACCGGCGACAAGCGCAAGGUCGAGGAGACUUCUGAGAAAACCAAUGGCACCGAUGCUAAUGCUGACGCUGAAGCUGAGAAGCCUGCUGAAAAGAAAGCAAAGACUGACGAAGCCGAUGGUGAAGGCGAAGCAAAGGAGGAGACCGAGACCAAAACACCUGCUAAGAAGCCUGGUCGUCCUAAGAAGGAGAAGAAAGAACCCGCAAAGAAGAAGGAGCCCAAGAAGGCCGCCACUGCCGAUGGUACGCCACGCCGAAGCGGCAGGAACAAGGCUUAAACAGCAAAACCCUUGCUGCGGCCCAUACUUCAGUAUCAACAAACGCACUCUCUCCUCGCAGUCUGAAGGGAGAUUCCAAGCACAAGUUUCUUGAUAUGCGCGUUGAGAUUUUGGAUACUGUCGGAUGUGGUGUUCCAUUGCGGUCAAUUGGUGAGCGAAAACAGACUGUAGCGUCAACUGAGAAAAACUAAAUGAAGUAACGGCAAUGGGAGGAAAUGGAUAUGGCAAUGGGAUGGUGGCGCUCUUGGAUCCGGUCUGUUUUUGUCUGCUAUCCUAGUGGCGCUUUUUUGUCCUCUUGUUGUACAAUAAAACUCUUAUCUACGGCUUUUUAUGGGAGGAUUGGACAAGGGAAAGCGUUUCCAAAGCUAAAAAGGUACAUCGAAUGCAUGCUAUGAAAUAC